AACCGGACGGAGCUGGGGAGGGAGUGGCAGUCGGCGCCAAACGAGCCAAACGAGCGGAGCCUGAGGAUGGCUGCGUCGGGUCCCUUCCCGCUGCUGGUCGAAGGGUCCUGGGGCCCCGACCCCCCGAAGAACUUGGUCACCAAGUUGCAGAUGUACUUCCAGAGCCGGAAGAGAUCGGGAGGCGGGGAGUGUGAGGUCCGCCAGGAGCCAGGCAGCCCGCCCCGCUUCCUAGUGCUCUUCUUCCCGGAGGACGUUCGGCCAAAAGUUCUGGAGAGAGCGAACCAUGAGUUAGUAUGGCCAGGAAAAGGAACAUUCAAGUUAACUGUCCAGUUGCCCACAGCCCCAGAUGCUGUCUUUGAGGAGGAAGUUCCAACAGAAGAAUCCAAGCCCAAAGAACAUGUCAAAGAACCAGAUGCAUCAGAAGAACUGGAAACAGAAUUCUCUCUCACUAGAAGAUCAGAAGAAAUGGAAGAUAUCCCCAAAGAAUGUGAAAAUAUUCCCUCUUUGGUUGCAUUUGAAAAUCUCAAGGCAAAUGUGUCGGAUAUAAUGUUAACCUUGUUAGUGGAGAACAUAAGUGGCCUGUCCAGUGAUGACUUUCAAAUGGAAGUAAUGCGAGAUUUUGAUGUUGCCGUGGUUACCUUUCAAAAAUAUCUAGAUAUCAUGAAAUUUGUUGAAGAUUGUGCCAACUACCAUUCAGUGAAAGAGCUUCAGCUUUCUCCAAGACUUCUGGAAGUGACAAAAACUAUCAGGGUUGAAAACCUACCGCCUGGUGUUGAUGAUGAUAGUUUAAAAAAUUUAUUUGGAAAUCCUCAUAAUGGAGGGGGAAGAGUGGUCAACAUUGAGUAUUUUCCUGAAGAGAGUUCGGCUCUGAUUGAGUUUUUUGACAAAAGAGUGUUAGACACCAUCUUGACCAAGAAACUUGAACUCAAUAAUAUGCCACUGUCUGUGUUCCCGUAUUAUACCUCUUUGGGCACAGCCUUGUAUGGAAAGGAGAAGCCUCUGAUCAAGCUUCCAGCCCCAUUCCGAGAAUCCGUGGAUCUUCCCUUAUGGAAGUUCUUCCAGAAAAAGAAUCACCUGAUUGAGGAGAUAAAUGAUGAAGUGAAACGUUGUCACUGUGAGCUAACAUGGUCCCCACUCAGUGGUGAUGUUACCAUCAGACCCGCGGCCACCUUAGCCAAUCAAGGAAGACGAAGAAUCAAGACCUGGCAGAAAGACGCUUCCACAGCAUUCUCUGGUAUCAGGUCUCAAUAUGAAGUUACUCUACUUAAGGUGGAUCCAAUAGUGUGGGACGUCAUAAAAGAAGAUUUAGAAGAUGAUAGGAUUUUGAUGGAGUUUGAUACAACUAUGGGGAUUGUAACCUUAGUGGGGAAAUCAGAGGAUAUACAAAACAUUGAGCCACAAAUCAAGGAAUUAAUAGAAAGUACCACUCAAAAAAUUAAAAGAGAAGAGCAAAGUCUGAAGGAAAAAGUGGCCAUUUCUCCAGGAAGGUAUUCUCUUCUGUGCCACAGUGGUGUCCAAGAGCGUCUCUUCAAGGAGUGCCCAGAGAUGGAGAUUUCUUAUGAUAGAGCCACUCAACACUUGUGCUUGAAAGGACUCCGAGUAGAUGUGUAUAAAGUAAAGUGUGAACUCCAGGAAAUGGUGUACACCAUGGUUCAGAAAAACAUUCAGUUUCCCCCUGAGGUUUUCCAGUUUUUGCAACAGGUAGACUGUGCAGAAUUCUCUAAGUCUCUUUUUAUAGCACAGAAAAUUCUUGCAAUUUAUGAGCUAGAGGGCACAACUAUUCUCUUAACCAGCUGUUCUUCUGAUGUUCUGUUAGAAGCUGAAAAGCAAAUGGUGAGCGCCUUACAUUAUAAGUGCAUUGACGUUGAGGACAGGGAAGUUCUUAAUGACAAGAAAUGGAAAGGACUCACUAGUAGUUUGCAUAAGACACAUAAUUCAUUGUCAAAGACUGUAAUAAUCAACGAGUUAACUUCAGAAACCACGGCUGAGGUCAUCAUUGCAGGCUGUGUGAGACAAGUAAAUGAAGUCCAUCGCUUGCUUUUUAACUUCGUGGAAAAACACACGAAAAUAGAGAGAUUGAUUGAAGUAAAGCCUUCCUUAGUUAUUGAUUAUUUAAGGUCACAAAAGAAGUCAGUCUGGCAAAAGCUAAAGAGGGAAAAUGUGCAGGUAAUUUUCAAUCAUGAGCACAAACCAAAAGGGAUUUUACUAACUGGCCCAAAGCCCGAAGUCCUCGAGGGAAUGAAGACGGUCAAGGAAGCCCGGGAUUCAGUCCGUGUUAAAAGCAUCCGUAUCGAUAUGCCGGGAGCCAGGCAGUUGUUCCAGGAUAAGGCACAGUAUUGUAAAAGUGAGGUCAAACGGUCAUUUGGUUGUUUUCUUGAACUACAGAAGAAUGAAGAGGAGGAGGGAGGCAGCACUGACGGGCGGAAGUGCUUCUGUCGCACAGACGUGGCCCCCGGGGUCUCGCUGAUUGUGCAGCAGGGCGACCUGACACAGUUUCCUGUUGAAGUCGUGGUGAAUGCAGCAAACGAGGACCUCAAGCUCAGUGGCGGCCUUGCUGCUGCUCUUUUAAAAGCAGCUGGCCCUGAGCUCCAAGCCGAAUGUGACCAGAUAGUGAAGCGAGAGGGCAAGAUCCCCGUUGGCCAUGCCACCAUCUCGAAAGCAGGAAAGCUCCCCUACCGUCAUGUGAUCCACGCCGUGGGGCCCCGGUGGACUAGAGAUGAGGCCCAGAGGUGUGUGGGCCAGCUAAAGAGAGUGGUGAAAGGAAGUCUCCUUUUGGCCGAAGACUACAAAUGCCAAUCCAUAGCCAUCCCUGCUAUUAGUUCUGGAAUCUUUGGCUUUCCCUUACUGCAGUGUGUGGAGACCAUUGUUUUGGCUAUCAAGGAAUACUUCCAGGACACCUGGGAUGGAUACACCUUGAAAGAGGUUUACCUAGCUGAUACGGCUGAGAAGACUGUCGAGGCCUUUGCCGAAACCGUGAAAACUAUAUUUAGAGACACCCUGCGUGGUACUGCUUCCCCACCCAGUGUACCAGCAGCGGUCCAGUCCAGCUUGAGACAAGAUCACGGACACGGACAAAUGCUGUUGUCCCCGAGAGGCCUGAGGAUCCUGUUGGUGAAAGGAGAUGUGCAGAAUGCAACGACCGAUGUUGUUGUCAACUCCAUUUCCUCGGAACUUGAGCUUAAUAGCGGGCCCCUUUCUCAGGCCCUCUUGAAUAAAGCUGGGCCAAAGCUCCAGGAGGAAUUGAACACAGCCGGACAAGGGAUAGCCGUCAGCGUGGGCACGAUUCUCCAAACCAGUGGUUGCAAUCUGCAUUGCCGCCGUGUGCUUCACGUGGUGGCUCCGGACUGGGCAAAUGACAGCACCUCUUCAUCCAAGAUCAUGCAAGACAUAAUCAGAGAAUGUUUGGAAGUCACUGAGAGCUUGUCCUUGAAAUCAAUUGCAUUUCCAGCAAUAGGAACAGGAAAUUUGGGAUUUCCUAAACCUGUUUUUGCUAAAUUAAUCAUUUCCGAAGUGUUCAAAUUUCAUAGCAAGAACCAACCGUCAACUUUACAAGAGGUUCACUUUCUGCUGCACCCGAAUGAUCUUGGAAAUAUUCAGGCAUUUGCAGAUGAACUUGCCAGAAUGGCUAAUGGAAAUUUCGUCAGUGAGCAACUUCCCAAGGCCAAAGAUACGCAAGGUUUCUAUGGGACUCUUUCUAGCCCUGCUUUAGGAGUGCAUGAAAUGAAGAUUGGUCCCAUCAUCUUCCAGGUGGCCUCUGGAGAUAUCACUAAAGAAGAGGCAGACGUGAUUGUAAAUUCAACAUCAAACACAUUUAAUCUCAAAGCAGGGGUCUCCAAAGCAAUUUUAGAACAUGCUGGACCAAGUGUGGAAAUGGAAUGUUCUCUCCAAGCUCAACAGGGCAAAAGUGAUUAUAUAAUUACUGAAGGUGGAUCAUUGAGGUGCAAGAAUAUUAUUCAUGUCGUUGGUGGAAAUGAUGUCAAGACAUCGGUUUCCUGUGUUUUACAAGAGUGUGAAAAUCGGAAUUACUCGUCCAUUUGCCUCCCAGCCAUUGGAACAGGAAGUGCCAAACAAGACCCUGAUAAAGUUGCCGGAGCCAUAAUUGAUGCCAUUGAAGACUUUAUCCAGAAAGGAGCAGUCCAGUCUGUGAAAAAAGUUAAAGUUGUUAUCUUUCUGCCUAAACUACUGGAUGUGUUUUAUGACAAUAUGAAAAAAAGAGUAGGAUCUCAGGCUUCUGUCAAACAAUCUAUGAUAUCUAAACUUGCAUCAUAUUUUGGCUUAUCAAGGCAAUCUCCCAAAAAACAGAAACCUUUGGUUUUGGAAAAGAAAACAGAAUCAGCCAUCUUUCAGGUGUGUGGUGAAAAUGUAAAAUGUGUGGCAGACGCCCUCUCCUGGAUACAGAAUCUGAUUGAAAAGGACCAGUGGAGUUACACCAGUGAAGAUGAAUGUAUCAAAGACUUUUACGAAAAGGAAUAUGGGAAAUUGAAGGAGCUGCAGGAGAAAUUAGAUAUUUCCAUUUCCGUGGACAAUAAAAGACCUUUGAUUGAGGUUUUUGGAAUUACCAGAGAUGUGAUGAAGGCUAGAGAUGUAAUUGAGGAAAUGAUGAAGAGAGUUAGGUCAGACAAAGAACAGGAAUCCCGGGCAGAUGCUGUCAGUGAAUUUAUAGAAUGGCAAUAUAGUGAUAAUACCACUUCCCAUAGUUUUGACAAAAUAACCAAUCUGAAAUUGGAGGAGGCAAGAAAAGCAAAGAGAAGGACAGUUAGUGUCAAAAUUAAUUCUCAGCGCUACACAGUCGACUUGAACACAAACACUGCUACAGAUGCAAAUGGAUACCAAUUAUCUGUUCAGCGCCUUAUAAAACCAGAAGCUGAGCUCCCUCCACACUGGAGUGAUAUGAAGCAGCAGAAUGUCUGUGUGGUUGAGCUGCAGCCUGGUCAUCCAGAAUACACCACUGUGGCAAGCAAGUUUAAUCAGACCUGCUCAAACUUCACCAUAGAGAAGAUUGAGAGGAUCCAGAAUCUAGAUCUCUGGAAUAGCUACCAGGCAAAGAAAAAAACCAUGGAUGCCAAGAAUGUCUCUGUAACAAAUGAGCAGCAGCUCUUCCACGGGACAGAUGCUGGCUCAGUGCCACAUGUUAACCAAAAUGGCUUUAACCGCAGUUACGCUGGAAAGAAUGCUACGGCAUAUGGAAAGGGAACCUAUUUUGCUGUCAAUGCCAAUUAUUCUGCCCAUAAUACAUACUCCAGACCAGACAGUAAUGGGAAAAAACAUAUGUAUUAUGUGCGAGUACUUACUGGAGUCUACACGUGUGGAUAUCAGGGAUUAAUUGUGCCUCCUCCAAAAAACGCUCAAAAUCCUACUGACCUCUAUGACACAGUCACAGAUAACAUGCAGAAUCCAAGUUUAUUUGUCGUAUUUUAUGACUAUCAGGCUUACCCCGAGUACCUCAUUACUUUUAGACAGUAACAUUUUUGGUAUCCCUCACAGGAGACGUUAUUCAUCUACACAUAUCUAGUUGUAAAACAAGUUUUAGAUUUUUUAUUUUUCUCUUAACAGCUUUUCCUAAGAUCAAAGGAUCCUUGUCACUGAAGUCAUACUUUCUUCAGCUUCCAUUUCAUAACUGGAAAGAAGCUAUCUUGAGAGCAAUAAAUUUGAGAAUUUAAAUCAGAUAACUUGGUCCCAACUGUGGACAUCACACUGUAGAACAGGCUUGUAUUCUCAGGAAGGAGAGAAUAACAUUAGUCUUAAAAGCAGAGGGCACAGCCAUGCAAUUUUAGCUGCUGCUGAAGGAGACAGCUGGUAUCCCGCCAGGACGCCAUAUUGCUGUGGGGAGCACAGUAUUCCUAAGUGGGUGGGACUGCUUUCUUCCCUGAGGGCAGGGAUGGUGUCUUACUCAUUUUUUUUUAUCCGUGGGCUGAGGUCCAUGCCUGAUGUACACUACUAGAUGCUCCAUAAAUGUUUCAUAAAUCAAUUAAGAAUGAAAAAGCCUAGUUGGACUCCUACCCAAAGUAGGAACCAUCUCUUCAACACCCUUGACUUGUCACUUUGCCUCAAAUUGAGCAGAUUCCUUGACAGGGGACUUUGGUUACAAGAACCAGCCCAUAACACAUGGGACAGCUCCAUUCUGGGCUCUGGCUUUGCAGUGCAGCUGCACCCGCCCAGUCCUGGGGCUGUGGUCUAGCUUGUGGUCCAGGGGAAUUGUGUCCCAUGGAGUUGUGCAGCCCGUAGUCCUGGCUCCAUUGGUCCUUUUUAUGUUGAACCCAAAUCUGCCUUCUUCUAACUUCUACUCAGUGGUCUUAGUUUUGCCCAGUGAAAACAGUGAGAUAAAGCCUGCUACAUCUUCAAUAUGAAAUCCUCUACUAUGUUAAGAUUAAAUGAAUUGUAAGGUUUUUAAAUAGCGUAUUUUCCUUGGCAGCCUAGCUUUUGAUACUUUUAAAGCCUUGUGCAUAAAUAAACCAAAGGAAUUAAGCAUAUUGCUAAUUUGCUAACUCGUAUCUAAUGGAUGGUAAAGAAAAGUUUUUUUAACUUUUCCAGGCGAAUUUCAGGUUCAAACACUGUUUAUUGAGUAUCUAGAUUGUACCACGUAGUCUAAUAGCUGCUUUCACAGACAGUAUUUAUUAUAUUCUCCCAAACCAUCUUGUGAGGUAAGACUUAUAUCCCCAUUUUAAAGCUGAGGACUGAUGCUAAGAGUGCAAGAAGCUUCCUUGCCUGGGGUCACCUAGGUAACAGCUUCAGAGCCAGGAACUGCAUCUUGGUCUCUGUGUCAUCAAGCCCUUUGCUCUUCCUGCUUCAGAAGAUGGCCUCUAGAGUAACAUUACUGAUUCAGGAACAUCUCAGACAAUCUGUGAAUUACUCUCAUAUUCCCUUGGCUUUUUCUUUGUAGCUUUGGUUUCUAUUGUAGAGUCUCCUCAUUUGAAGCUUUGUAGGCCAAGGGUCAUGAGCCGAUGCCCACGCGGAGCCAGUGCAGAUGGUGCCCUUGCAUGCUAGGAGUUGCUAGGAAGAUAAAGGUGCUCUUCCCUGACUGCCGGAACGCCUGCACUUCAAGCUGAGGAGGCUGAAAGGGCCACAGUUGCUGCUUCAUUAACACAGCUGUCUUGAAAUUUUUCUUGUUUGUGCUGUUUGUUUUUUAAGUGGAUUGAUAAAGUCUCCUUAUUGCUUAUGAGUGCCUUCCCAGCCACUGCCAUUUGAACUCGGGCUUGACAGUGAGUCUAAGAAAUAAAAAGGAGAGCCGUGAAUUUGCUCUUGUUCUCCAGUGGUUUAGUGAACUUAGGGCAAGGCUAAAUAUCAGAGUGUAUUGCACCAAAGUAGAAUGAUCUGGUCAGUAAAUGUGAUAGUUAUCCUCAAACUGAAGGAAUAUGUCAUUUACUCCUUUUUGAGUAAAAUACUUGGAAAAUGGCAUUUGGUGGUAAACAUCUUUAUCCUUAAAGGCAAAUACAGGAGAGCCUGAUGAUAAACACAGGCUGUUGCUGACAGAAGACCACACUGCACAAGACAGCAGCGAGGAAUCCUCAGCCUAUCAGUCAGAUUCAGCUGAAAAUUACAGGAAGGCCACAGUACAGGUUUAGUUCAGUAAAUCUGAAGGGCUAAUUGCCCACAGCAAGUAGCCCCUGCUAAAACAAGUCCACUUCGAGCCUGAGCUAGGUCUUGGAGGUCUAAGCUAGGGCCAAAGAUUCUUAACAUUUUGGGUAUUUGAAUCACCUGAGGUGUUUGCAGAGCCUGCAAGUUCUGGCCCAUGGCAAAGGAGUCAGAUUCUCUAGCUCGAGUGGGGCCUGGAAAUCUGCAUUUUAAGAAGCCCCCUCAAAGGCUCCUGACAUCCCUGAUACCCAGAGCCGCUUAGGACUUUCAUGAGCUGGAGGCACUUCUACCUUUGUGGGUCCCUUAUUCUAUAAAAAGUAGUAAAAAUUAUACUUUGCAACUGUAUUGAUAUAAACAUGAAUGUAACUGA